AUGGAAGCGCUUUACCGAGAACUCUUUGUAAACAGUGGCAGAAAGGUCCUUGCAAUUGCCAAAAAUUAUUUCGAGCAUGCAAUAGAAAUGAAUGCGACUGGUGUCCCUCCAAAGCCGAUAAUUUUCCAAAAACCUCUAACUUCGGUUAUUAGUGAAGGAGAAUCAAUUGUGAUCCCUGAAGGUGUUGAAGUCCACCAUGAGAUUGAGCUCGGUGUUAUGAUUGCGAAAAGAGGUAAAAAUAUUGCCCAAAGUGAAGUGGAAGAAUUUAUAGCAGGUUACUUCGUGGCUUUAGAUAUGACUGCAAGGAACGUGCAAGCAGAAGCAAAAGCGAAUUCAUGGCCUUGGGAUGUAGCCAAAGGGUAUGAUACUUUUCUGCCAUUGUCUUCAUUUAUUCCUAAAGAAGCUGUUCAAGAUCCUUAUGCCUUGGAACUGGAGCUUUUGAUAAAUGGAGAAACAAAACAAAGAGGAAUGACAGGAAGCAUGCACUAUAAAAUUGAUCAAAUAGUAUCGUAUUUAAGCAACAUAAUGACUUUAUGUCCUGGAGAUAUCAUCCUGACAGGUACACCUUCAGGGGUUGGACCAAUUCAUCAUGGAGAUGUUUUAGAUUGCAUUUGCAGACAAAGUGGAAACGAAUUAGUCAGAGCUCGCUUUAAUGUGGCCUAA